AUGAGCCUGUUUUCCUUACUGAGCACGGCGCUAGCAACGGCGCUUGUCCAAUCUUCCAACUCCGAGGAAUGUCCAUUCACUUGUUCCCUUUCUGCAGACCAGGAACUGCUGUGCUCCGCAAGUCAACACAAAGAUUUCAAGGUAGAAAUCCCAUGUCAAAAGGAUUUGGUAAAUGAUCGAAUAAUAAUCGGCAAUCGUAGCAGCAUAAGGAGAAUACUUCCUGGGGGAUUGAAAGACCUCAACAAAUUGGGCUCAGAGGGGACAUUGAGUAUUUUCCUUAACAUGAACAUCCUGGAACUCACUACAACUUCAUUCGCGGGACUUGAAGAUGUUCUAACUAACUUGGAGGUUCUUCAAGUAGGCACCAUUCACCCGGACACACUUCUGAAGCAUUCAAAAAUCACAUCACUGACCCUUGACAGCGACCGACUUCCAGAACUGCCUAAUGAUAUUAGAGGAAAUGCAGAUAUUCCAACUUUUCUUCGUUUACAACCACAAGAUCCCAGUAUGCCUAUAGAAAUGAACGUGGAAGUUAGAUGUCACAAGUGUGUUGGUGAAAAACCUAUUGAAAAGUCUACAAUUCUGACAUUCUCAUUGCAUGAAUCGGUCAAAUCUGGAGGAACACUGGAUGCGCUUACCAUGGUCUACAUGGACAAUUGCCCAACUUUGGACGACGCUCUAGGCUGUCCUAAAAAUAACUCUAUUGACGAUUACAUCGUAAGUGUGAAUGCUUCAAAUGGAUGGAAAGUUGCAUUGGAGGAUAUUGAAGAACAUGACCUACAAACGGCAGGUGGGAGUACUCGUAUGAAGCCCCUUUUGCUGUCGGUAAUAAUCUGGUGUACCGUACUUACAGUCCUCCUAAUUUGUCUCAUUGUCGCACUGCUUAUUCGACGACGGGUUAGAGCGAGAAAACAGAAGGAGGAACGCAACACCAUUCAGCAUCGAUACUCAGCUACUUCCUUGAAGCACAUAAUCUGUGGAACCGCCUCUUGUGAGGAACUUCAUCGAGCCUCUCUGAGUAAUGGCGGAACGUGGGUCUAUGGAACACCUUCACAGAACUCAUGUUCAAACCUUCUAAGUGAAACACGUAGUCAGUACUCCUUCCGGCCACCCUUCGCCUGUCUGGGUUAUCCAUAUCUACGUGGAAGUGUAUAUUCGGGCGAUUUACCGCCUCCAGGCUAUCGAUCUUCCAUACCAGACUUUCUAAACAUGAUGCCACGAAAUAAGUCGUGUAUGGAGAACGGUGACAUCCUCCUUAUGAAUGGCGAUCCUGGUCUGCCACCCUUACCGACGAAUGUUGGAUUUCGGAUGUCAGGCACACCCUCCUACAAGCGGUCCCACGAUGGUACCUUCAAAAUGGUUCAAUAG